AUGACAAUUUAUGAAAAUAUUCGUUUGGGAAGAUUAAAUGCAACACGAAAAGAAAUUGAACAAGCUGCAAAAGAAGCCAAUGCACAUAAUUUCAUCAUGAAAUUACCAGAUAAAUACGAAACAAUGGUUGGUGAACGUGGAAUACAAUUAAGUGGUGGAGAAAAACAACGUAUUGCAUUAGCUCGUGCUCUUGUGAAACAACCAAAAAUUAUCUUAUUAGAUGAAGCAACAAGUGCACUUGAUACUAUUAGUGAAAAAAUUGUUCAAGAAGCUCUUGAUAGAAUUUGCAAAAAUCGAACAACGAUUGUUAUUGCUCAUCGUUUGACUACAAUUCAAAAUGCUGAUUUUAUUUAUGUUAUUGAUCAAGGAAAUGUAUUUGAACAAGGAACACAUGAAACAUUAAUGAGAAUUGUUGGAGGAAAAUAUCAAACAAUGAUAAAAAAUCAACAAAUACAAAGUAUUAAUGAAGACAAUCAAAUUGAUGAAAAUUUCAAUAUGGAAAAAAUUGUUGAAGAAGAAGAAAAACAAAUAUUGGAACGAAAUCGUUUAUUAAGUGAAAAUGAAUUUAUUAAUAAUGUUCAAUCCGAAAACAAAUCAUCAAAAUCUCAAACAUUGUUUCUAAAACUCUUAUUAAUGAAUAAACCCGAAUGGAUAACUAUUUUAAUCGGUUGUAUUGCAUCUAUAAUUGCAGGUUUAUGUCAAUCAUUAUUCGCAAUUCUUCUAACAAAGAUUAUUUAUAGUACAGCAUUUGCAAUGUCAGGAUCAAAAUUAACACAACGUAUUCGUUCCAAAGCUUUUUCAUGUCUUCUUCGUCAAGAAGUCGCUUAUUUUGAUCGACCUGAAAAUAGUUCUGGAGCUAUUGGUUCAUCAUUAUCUGCUUUACAAGUCUUUUUUGAUUUAUUCGAUCGAACACCAACUAUUGAUAAUACAUCGAGUGCAUCGGGAUGUGGAAAAUCGACAAUUAUUCAAUUAUUAGAAAGAUUCUACGAUACAAAUCGAGGUCGAAUACUUCUAGAUAAUACAGAUAUUCGUGAAUUAAAUCUUCAUUGGAUACGUUCUCAUUUUGGUCUGGUUAGUCAAGAACCAAUUCUAUUUGAUUUAACAAUUGUGGAAAAUAUAACUUAUGGAUUAGAAAAUAUUUCAAUGGAUGAAAUUAUCAAAGCAACAAAAAAAGCAAAUAUUCAUCAAUUUAUUCAACAAUUACCUCAGGGUUAUAAUACAAAUGUUGGUAUCAAAGGAAGUUUUUUAUCAGGUGGAGAAAAACAACGUAUUGCCAUUGCUCGAGUUCUUCUUCGUCAACCAAAAGUUUUAUUGUUAGAUGAAGCAACAAGUGCAAUGGAUUCAUAUAAUGAAGAAAUUGUACAAGCAACUCUCGAUCAAGCUCAAGGAGAAGAUUCAACUCGAACAUCGAUUAUUAUUGCUCAUCGUCUUUCAACAAUUUGUUCAUGUGAUUUAAUUUGUGUACUUAACAAAGGAUUUAUAGUAGAAAGUGGAACACAUUCGAAACUAGAUGGGCUGUCAGGCUUCGCCCGACCGCGAAAUACGGUGCGCGGAAUUUCGUCGAUACCUUCAUUCUGUUUAGAUGAACGAAUAUUUUAUUUCUGCAACCAUGUAGUUUGA